GGCAAGUCAGCCAAGCAGGAAGACCGAAGCUUCGAGAACAAGUAUGAAGUGGCUGUUGGUUCUUUGGGGUCUUUGUACCUCAGCAGGUGCUUUAAAAAGGAUCCCUCUCCAUAAAAUGCCAUCCAUCCGCCAGUCACUGCGGCAACUUGGAUUGAAAGUGUCGGAUGUCUCGCCUGAAGUUAAUAGGGACUUUCUAAUGAAGACGAACAAUGGAACAGCCCCGACCAUCCUUACCAAUUACCUGGAUACCCAAUACUUUGGGGAGAUCAGUAUCGGGACCCCUCCACAGAACUUCAAAGUCAUUUUCGACACAGGCUCAGCCAACCUCUGGAUACCAUCGGCCAACUGUUCACCCAUUUACACAGCUUGCUUUUCCCACAACAGAUAUGACUCCUCCACCUCAAGAACAUAUGAGGCCAAUGGGCAAGGGUUUGCUAUUCAAUAUGGAUCUGGCAAUGUGAAGGGAAUCCUUAGUCAAGAUAUUGUAAUGGUGGCCAAUAUCCCAGUUAUCCAAGUAUUUGCUGAAGCUACUGCCUUGCCAGCUUAUCCUUUUAUCUUUGCCAAGUUUGAUGGGAUCCUGGGCAUGGGGUUCCGGACUAUUGCUAUUGACAACAUAAAGCCGGUGUUUGAGAGAAUCUUGGAUCAACAUGUUCUCAAUGAAGAUGUCUUUUCUGUAUAUUACAACAGAAAUUCCAGAGGGACUCCAGGUGGAGAGGUGAUACUUGGGGGUUCAGACCCCUCCUACUACAGUGGUGAGUUUCACUAUCUGAACCUGCUCAAGAAAGGCUACUGGCAAAUCGAACUGAAAGGAAUUUCAGUCGGUGGAGAGAUGCUGUUCUGUCGUAAAGGUUGUGCAGCCAUAGUCGAUACUGGAUCCUCCUACAUCACAGGACCAGCUGCAGCAGUUUCCUUGCUCGUGAACACUAUUGGAGCCACGGUCCUAGCAGAGGGAGAGUACAUCGUGAACUGUGACAAAAUCCAUCUAUUGCCUCACAUUUCUUUCAACAUGGGAGGCAGGAACUAUUUAUUAAAGGGUGAAGACUACAUUAUGAAGGUCAACAUUUCAGCUUUAGCGCUUCUCUAA